CUCUGCAAUUGGACCCUUCUCAGAUUAGAUUACAGACGAUGGAUACCUUUACUAAUAUGGCCGCUCAUCACUUCAAUGCUUUCUGUUGCGAGCCGGAACUACGUCAUCACAAUGCUCGGACGCUUUUGAUUACCUCAGAAUAACGACUGAGAGGAUGCCCACAUUCGGGUGAUGUCUGUUCGAAUUAUUGCACUUUGCUGUAGCCUGUCCUGAUGCUUUCAUCGCAACUCCAAGGGGGCACCCCCCAGCUUGGCCCUCAAGAGCUCUCCUUGCAGAUCAAGUCUUUCUUGAGCGGAUUAGAUCCCCAACAUGGUAACAAGUUGAGCCUCCGAGACCAUGCCCGUUGUUCCUUGCUACUCCUACGCUGUUUGCCUGCCGCUCGACAUGCUGUGUUGGAACACCUGCGGACUGUUUUCCAUGACAGUGUUUCCUCCUUCCUCAGUGAACGCGAUGCACAGGAUAGCCUACCGACAUCAGCAACUUCAUCUCAACGCCGUGCCGCCCCUCCACCAUCUUCUCAGGGGCUAGAUGAGGUGACGCAAGAAGUACAGAAGGUACUGGAAGAGUUUAUUAGACUGAACCCACGUGCCUGGGCUCCACUCAUUUCUGCUUGGUCCAUAGAGUUGAUGGGACAGUUGAGUAGUAAACAUGCCAGCAGACAUGGUAUGCCCCACUCCGCCAGUCUUAAUGAGCUGCUGCAGCUGUGGAUGUCUUGUGGAGCCACUCGAGUGCUCAUGGACAUCUACACGCAUUGCCUGUCCACUAUGAUUGGGAGUUGUCCAGAUGCCUGUGUAGAUGCUUUGCUGGAUACCUCAGUGCAACAUACUCCUCAUUUUGACUGGGUGGUAGCACACAUUGGGAACUCCUUCCCUAGCACCAUAAUAAGCAGAGUUUUGUCUUGUGGCCUCAAGGAUUUCUGUGCACACAGCUCUGUAGCUGAGACUCCUGACAAGAGGGUGCCUAAGCUUGGGUCUGUAGUUGGAAUUCUGGGGCAUCUAAGUUCUCGCCACGGAACCAACAUUCGCCAGGAGAUUCUUAGAAUGUUUCAUGAUAGCAUACGACCUGGUAGCAAGCAGCGGGCAACUCUUCCCUAUCUCCUGCAGUUGGCUGCCCUCUCACCAUCUUUGUUAGGAACAGUUUGCCAAGACCUGGUAGAUUCCCUAAAACCAGCCACGCUAGCUCAGCUACAGCAGCACUGUGCCACCCUGCCCCGGGAGGAGCUGGACAACAUGCUGAACUUGAUUGUGCAUCUGGCUUGUCAGACAUCUAUUGGUGCACCACGUCUCUUACGCUUCCUUCUGGACACUGCCAUGCCUGCCUCAGUCAUCACCACUCCCGGUUUAGCGGUGCAUGAUUCCGUCAGAGAAGCUUGUGAUCGCAUUGUGAGACUACUACUUCUCAGCCUGCAGAAACAGGUCUAUGGGAGGCCUGGAGGAAGAGGGGCGUCAGAUGCCCCACCAAGAGCAGUGCCUUUCCUGGAUGCUAUGAGAUCACACGUCCCAGAGCUAUGUACAGAAAUGCUGCGUUUAGAAAGGAAACGUCAUCUGUGGCUUCACCAACUCCUGGGCCUUCUUUGCAUAUACAGUAACCCAUCAUGUGCCCCUGAAGCUCUCUGCCUGUUGCUUACCUUGGCGCAGAGUCCUGAAGAACUGGGACUUGCCGUUCAGCUUCAUGCCGUUCUCUCCUCUUCUGUACCAGGGUUAGCACAAGCUGCAGUGACUCGCUGUGUGGCUCAGGUUCAUGCAGGGGCUCUGCUUGAGCAGCGGGCACUUCAGUUGCUGCAGAAUCUGGCUUUGGUUGUGCAGAGUGAGGAAGGCGGCAUGGGCAAGGAGGUAGGAGCUGCUCUGUCAGAAUAUUUGCCUGAUUUUGGACAGUUACUGUUACACAACGACCCUGGUGUGUGUGAGGCUGCUUGUCUACUGUUGUGCUGUUGUCCUCUGCCUAUCUCUUUGCCGCCUUCACAGCUUCACGUCCUCAUUCGCUCCUCUUCCCAUCUGCUCUUCCGCUUUAUGCACGUACGUAGCCUCCCAGGGGUAAGUAGUGCCUCACGUCUUCUCCUUCGGUUCUCCAGAGUGUCUCAGGCCGGCAAGAAAGCGGUUCUACACCAACUUGUGGAGGGAGCUCUGCAUGAGGGAAAUGCUGGGCUGUUCGGAGGACAUAGCUCUCUGUCAGUUGGUGCCAAAUCUGAGGGAGUAGAAGCGUCAUUGUUGGAAAGUAAUAGCCACCUUGGCUCAACUGUGGACUUUUCAGGAGGAGUCUGGUCUGUAUUCCAUGCAGGUGUGAUUGGCUCAGGACUAAAACCAGAAGAAAAAAGCAGACGGCAUGCGCAGGAUGAGUGUACAGAGAAUAGUCAAACGUUACUCUCCUUGUUGUGCCGCUGCUGUGUCAGGAAGGGUGAGGAGGUGGGACAGCCGGCCACAUUAGAUCCUGAGGCAGCUAAAACUCUGGCAGUAACAUUGACUGAGAAUGCGUGUCCUGAUGUAACUAACAGUGAACUGGCAUGGCCUCCAGAGGAGCAUUCCCGUAGCACAGUACAGAGAGACCUGCUGAUCUACAGAUGCUUCCGUCGCAACCCUCUGCUCUUCCAGCUACUCCACCUGAUUGCCCAAGGGCGGCCUGCACUCUGUUAUUGCUCUGUGCUGCUUAGAGGACUCCUUGCCACCUUACUUGCCCACUGGGAGGCAUCCCGUGAGUCAUGCUCUGAAAGCUCAACCUGGCACUUGCAUGCAUCUUGUGAGCUAGUAUCCUGUAUGGGAGAAGGUCAACUGCUCCCUCCAACCCUAACUAACAUGCAUGAAAUGUUUGCGCUUCUUGCGCCAUAUGAGGUUCGUCUGCUUCUUCUAAGUGUCUGGGACUUUAUGCGGGAAAAUGGGCCCUUCCCCCAGAGAUUCAUCUUUCAUUCGGGGCGAGGAGUGUUCAUCAGAGACUUUAACCGAGAAGGUGACCCCACCAAGUACAUGGGCAUAGUCCAUAGUGUCCUACACCGUAACAUAGACCGAUUAGGGCUGCUUUCUGGGAGAUUCCAGUUGUGAGACUCAAAGGACUUUUGUAUGGAAACUUCCAGUAAAUUGUACAUGAGAUAAAAAUGUAUGACUCUGCUCUUUAGUCUGUUAUUAGUAAAACUGUACCAAAAUAAAUGUUUUUUUAUGGUUAAAUGACACAGUAAUCGGUAAAUAAAUGCCAGAUAUAAUCAAAACAAAGAUCACAAUGAAAAUAA